GCCUGACGUUCAGAGCAGCUGGUCACAUGAGCCUGAAUUUUCAGUUCAGUUCAUUAGUCAGCCAUUUUGGUCAACACCCUGCUUACUGCGCACAACCAAUCCUAUUAGAACUCAGCAUCCCGACUCAUCUGAGCAGAUCCUAGAAGUGAUUUCUACAGUUCAGGAUUUUUUAAAGCUAAAUUGAAAACACAGGUUUAAUUUUUUGUUCAGGUUUUCUUUUGUGGUUUUUUUUCCCCUGCACAGAGAAGGAGGAUUUUUUUUUUUCCACUUCUUCAUGCCAAGGCCAGUUUUUUAAAGCCAGCUAAAGCAGCAUCGGCUGGGCAGGAUUUCAAGGCUAUUGCUGAGCUGCGGAGAAAAGGGUAGGGAGGGGACGAUCAAAGGACAAGCAGCUGAGAGAAGAGAGGCAUCAUCGUAUUUCGCUAUGUGGUAGGAACUGUCCAUAAGAAGAGAUAGUACAGAAUUUUCUUGAGCAUUUGGUUCUUAAACCAUAAGGUAUUUUUCCUUGUUUUUCGCUUUUUGUUUUUUAUAGCCUCCCCCACCCCUUUUCUGGAAAGCUUUGUUUGAGAGCUUUGGGUCGGGGUUUUUUGGUGAGGAGCUCUUAUUUAUUUUUGUGGUGUGUGUGUGUGUGUGUGUGUUGUGGUCCCAGCUGAGUCAUCAUGUCUGCUCUGACACCUCCGACCGAUAUGCCAACCCCCACCACUGACAAGAUCACACAGGCUGCCAUGGAGACCAUCUACCUUUGCAAAUUCCGAGUGUCUAUGGAUGGAGAAUGGCUCUGUCUGCGAGAGCUGGAUGACAUCUCACUUACACCUGACCCAGAGCCUACCCAUGAAGAUCCUAAUUAUCUCAUGGCUAAUGAACGCAUGAAUCUGAUGAACAUGGCCAAGCUGAGCAUCAAGGGCUUGAUUGAGUCAGCUCUGAACCUGGGGAGGACUCUGGAUUCUGACUAUGCACCCCUUCAGCAGUUCUUUGUGGUGAUGGAGCACUGUCUGAAACAUGGUUUGAAAGCUAAAAAAACUUUUCUUGGACAAAAUAAAUCCUUCUGGGGACCUCUGGAAUUGGUAGAAAAACUUGUUCCAGAAGCUGCAGAGAUAACAGCAAGUGUUAAAGAUCUUCCAGGACUUAAGACACCAGUAGGUAGAGGAAGAGCCUGGCUUCGUUUGGCUUUAAUGCAAAAGAAACUUUCAGAAUAUAUGAAAGCUUUGAUCAAUAAGAAGGAACUUCUCAGUGAAUUCUAUGAACCCAAUGCCCUCAUGAUGGAAGAAGAAGGAGCCAUAAUUGCUGGUUUGUUGGUGGGUCUGAAUGUCAUCGAUGCCAACUUCUGUAUGAAAGGAGAAGAUCUGGACUCUCAGGUUGGAGUUAUAGAUUUUUCAAUGUAUCUCAAGGAUGGGAACAGCAGUAAAGGUAGUGAAGGAGAUGGUCAGAUUACUGCAAUUCUGGACCAGAAGAACUAUGUAGAAGAACUCAACAGACAUUUAAAUGCUACUGUAAACAAUCUUCAGGCAAAAGUAGAUGCAUUAGAAAAAUCCAACACCAAACUGACAGAGGAGCUCGCAGUUGCAAACAACAGGAUUAUUACCUUGCAAGAAGAAAUGGAACGAGUCAAAGAGGAAAGCUCCUACAUAUUGGAGUCCAAUCGGAAGGGUCCUAAGCAAGACAGAACUUCAGAAGGGCAAGCACUAAGUGAAGCCAGAAAACAUUUGAAGGAGGAGACACAAUUACGACUGGAUGUUGAAAAGGAACUGGAGCUGCAGAUCAGCAUGAGACAGGAGAUGGAAUUGGCUAUGAAGAUGCUGGAGAAGGACGUCUGUGAGAAGCAGGAUGCCCUGGUGUCUCUGCGGCAGCAGCUGGAUGACCUCAGGGCUCUCAAGCAUGAACUUGCCUUCAAGCUGCAGAGUUCAGACUUAGGGGUAAAACAGAAAAGUGAACUAAACAGUCGCUUAGAAGAGAAGACUAAUCAGAUGGCUGCUACCAUUAAACAACUUGAACAAAGUGAAAAGGAUUUGGUGAAACAGGCAAAGACCUUAAAUAGUGCAGCAAAUAAACUGAUUCCAAAACAUCAUUAGGCGUUUUGCAGUUGGUCACCUCAGAAGUCUGUUUUCACAACAGUUGUAAAAGGAAGAAAUCAGAAAGUUAUUAUGUUUAAAUUCUGACCCUAUAGAAAAUAUCACCAAAAGUUGACUUUGAAUUUGUUGGACUUUAAAAAAAUAAUUGGACAUAUAGGUUGAAUUUUUUUUAUUUUCUGCCCAGAGUUAGACAAUUUGGUAUAGGUUCCUAAUUAAAUGCCAAAUAAAACUUUGAGAAAUUAAUUAUGAGUUGACCAAUAACUAAAACACCAUUAAAACAGAAGCCUAGGGAAUUGGAGUACUGUACAUAUAUUAAGGAUGCCUUCACAGCCCAGUCCUUGAUAAUGUCAGAUUCUUGGUGCAUUGUUCGUGUGUGUGUCCGCAAGCCUGUUCUGCCAUUGCUGUGUAAUGAACUAGAGGUGACUAGCGUGUGAACCUGGACUCUUCCAAAGUAGUUCUGUGUCUGUUAUGCCAUGGCCCCUUUUCAAUUUUGUUGUAUAGAUUUUGUCCCCAGGCCCAGGGAUAAGAACUAAAGUAUUUCCCUACAGUUCUACUCUCAAUAACCAAGAUUGCUUGCAAUUUUUUUGCCUUAGUGACUUUGGGUGAAAAAAAAAAAAAAGCAAAAAAAAAGCAUCCUUAGAUUUCUUUAAAGUACAUAGAGAUACAGUUAGGAAUUAGGUAACUUAUGAUAACAUAAUGUGGAAGCUUGGGAAAACCCUCCUAAUAUUUGCCAUCUUCUACCUCUGCCAUUUUGUUGCAAUUCCACUUUCUAUUUAGAUAACUCAGAGAGAAAAAUUUUAAUGAAAAUGUUCUCUCCUGUAAAAAAAUUAUAAGCACUACACAUUUUUCAAAACUAUCCUGCUUUUCUUACUAGAGUAAAAAGACAUAGAUAUAAGUGAUUAUUUUCUCCCUGCCAUUCCUUUCCCAGCAAUGUUUUACUUAUGAGUUUUUGUGCAGAUGGGGAUUUGUUAAAGGUUCUGGGAAACUAAUAAUUUAAUUAUUAAAAAAAAUUUCAGAAAAGGAAAUAGAUAAAUGAUAAACUUAUAUUCUUUGUUAGUAGCAAAUAAACAUUCCCAGUAGAUAUCCACAAGCAAUAUUAGCAGGGCUUUUUUUCUAAGUGAUCACAGAUCUAACCCUUUUAGCUCUUAUGUUGUAAAUAGCCCUAUAAGUAUUUUGAUUUUUUUUUCUUCUAAUGGCUUUUGAUUUGGAGUACAGGCUUCACAUAAGCCUUCAUUCCUUCAAAAGAUCUUGGCAUAGUUUUCUGGGUUCCUUUUUCCCUUUUGUUCCCCAUUCUGAUACACUUUGCGGCAUUUCAGCUGCUUAGGUGAAGACAAAGACAACUCCUUUGUUUCCAGCUUUUCAAAUUCCUUAGCUUCUUCUUGGCAAAACCAUAAUUAAAGGAGUGCAGUAGAUUCCCUGGGUGCAUUCGUAGAUUCUUGCAAAGAUUUGAAUCAAAAUCAAGUCAAAGAACAUAUGUUUAGAUCAGCUACGUGGAAGAUCCUGUGCUCUUGAACUUAUUUUAGUUCUUAUAAUUUUGCACCUUUAUAAAUGCAGCUCCUACUUUGUUCUCAUCUUCAGCAACCUUUUGUGAUAGCCUUUUUAAUAAGCAUUUGGAAGGAAUGAUCAAACUACUUAAAGACUGCACAUAGCAUGCUUCUAAAUACUAUUAUAUAAAGCCCCCAAUUUUUUACCUUGUAAAACAUAAUUCUUCAUAGGUGCAAAUUUAUAAAGAUUCUUAGGAGAAAAUGUCCGUCAGAAUCUUCUCAAGAACAUGUUCAUGAGUCUUAUUCAGGCCCAGUGCCGAGGCCGUUAGUCACACACCACUAGGCAGGAAUGAAGUAGGAGAGAGAACCAAAUUCUUGACAAAGGCUUUUACUAUACAGUAACCCAGAGCCUGGAGAAGGGUUGAUGUAGAAUGUCCCAUGAGCUAAUAAUGUACAAGGUUUGGGGAAAGGACCAGAAAAAUUAACGUUACAGUUCCACAUAUAAGGUAGUUGCCCAUUUGCAAGUUCCAGUUAUGUGUGUAAAACAGAAAUAUAAAGUACUAGAUCUAUUAGGAAAUAAGAACAAACAAGCAAGUGGAUUUAACUGAAUUGCUGUGUAUUUGAGGUUGGCUUUGGAUAUGAAUUUUCUAAAAAGUGUUGUUUUAAUGUUUAUCAUCUAAUGGCUGUAAACUGUAGUAUUAGAAUAAAAAAAAGUGCAAAAUCAGCUUUUCCUCUGCCUGGUUCACCAUCAUCUUGUGUUUCUUUAGAAUUUGUUCCUUUACCAUCUUUUCUGCCCCCUUAAUUUCUUCCCCUGUGUCUUCGCAGUUUUUUUCCUCUCUGUCCAUGCCGUCUUUGUUGGGUUAUUUUAUUUUGUGUUGUGAACUUGGUCUUCCUCCCCACCAUGGUUUUGUUUUUUAUCACAAGUUCAUGUGGCUCACAUCCAGAUUGCGCCAGGCUGAGCGAGGCCGCCAGUCUGCUGAGUUGGACAACCGGCUCUUCAAACAGGACUUUGGAG